AGGACAUUUUCAUUGUUCAGUCUCUAAAGGGCUGGGCUCUGAUGAGCUCUUCUAUUGUUUUUACAGAAGUAAAGAAACUGAGCAACUCACAGUGACUCAUUGGGUGGUCUGCUCUUCUCUCAUCUGUUUCUACAUUCAGACUUCAGGUUCACCAUGGAUUAUCCACUGGAUUCUGAAUUAACUGAAGAAAUUAAAGAAGCUCUACAAAACAACAAUCAAGCCUUAGCUGCUGCAAAGAUCCAGGAGCUUUUGGAGAAGGAGAAUAACAUCCCACUGAAUAUUGCCAUCACAGGAGAGUCAGGCUCUGGUAAAUCCACCUUUAUCAAUGCCUUUAGAGGCAUAGACAACAGAGAUGAGGGAGCUGCCCCUACUGGUUGUGUAGAAACCACAAUGGAUGUCACACCAUACCCCCAUCCAAACUACCCCAAUGUUACUCUGUGGGAUCUUCCUGGAGUUGGUACCACUAAGUUUCCAGCUGACAAGUACCUGAAGCUUGUUGGAUUUGAGAAGUUCGACUUCUUCAUCAUCAUCUCAGAUACUCGCUUCAGAGAGAAUGAUGUGAAACUCGCUCAGGAGAUUCAGAAGAUGGAGAAAAAGUUCUACUUUGUUCGCUCAAAGAUUGACCAUAACAUACAAGAUGAGAAAAGAAGUCAGAGGGAUUUCAAUGCAGAAAGGUCUCUUCAACGAAUCAGGGAAAACUGCAUUCAAAGUCUUAAAAAAAGUGUUGGAUCUCCUCACGUCUUCCUGGUGUCCAGCUUUGAGCUCCACCUGUAUGAUUUCUAUCUGCUACAUGAGACCCUAGAGAGAGAACUUCCUGCACACCAGAGGAAUGCUCUGCUGUUGGCCAUGCCCAACAUCAACCUGGAGAUCAUCAACAAGAAGAAAAAGGCUUUCCAGGCCAAAAUAAAAUACUUUGCUACUUUAUCUGCAGCUGUAGCAGCUGUACCAGUUCCUGGGCUUUCUGUUGCUGUUGAUGUAGCUUUGCUGGUUGGAGUUGUCACAACAUACGUAGUUGGGUUUGGUCUUGAUAUCCCAUCACUGCAGAGACUCGCUCGUAGCACAGGUGUGCCAUUGAAUGAUCUGAUUGCCAUCAUCAUUUCACCACUGGCUGUAACAAAAAUAACGCCCAGUCUUAUCCUGAAGCUGCUUGCUCAUUGUGCAAGCACAGCUGCAUUAAUGGUAGCAGAGGAAGGGUCCAGAUUCAUUCCAAUUAUUGGAAUCCCAGCAGCAAUGGGCCUCUCUUUUGUCACAACCUACAGAGCUCUCAACAUGUUUCUCAACAUGCUUGCUGAGGAUGCACACAGGGUGUUUAAAAGGGCCCUGGGUUUGAACACCUCAGUAUGAUAUUGUAAAGUGAAUGGCAAUGGCAUUUAAUGGCACAUUUAAAACUGCAGUGUACAAAAGAGCUUUUGAUAUAUGUUUGUGAGUAGAUUACAUUGUCAUUUUAGAAAACAUACAGUAUAUCAUAUAUUUUGCAGUUGAUCACUCUAUCCAAUGGCUUCUAUGUAAACAGGUGUUAUUAACAAAAGCGGUAGUGUUUACAUGGCCUUGUUUAAUUGAUUUCAUGCCUAAAUAGCCUAAAUGAACAUUAUAACAUGCCUUUUUUGUCUUUUGAAUACAGGAAGGAAUAUGGUCUUAUUUUUAUAUGAAUCUGUGUAUAAUGAAAGAGCUUUUGAAUGACCUUUGUGAUACAUUGCUAUUUUUUAAGUGCUGUAUAUAAAAUAUAUCCUGGUAAUAGAGCUGCAUAUCUCAGUACUUUGUGUAAAUCAGUCUAAACCUAAAUUAUCAUGUUGAAAUUAAAAGUUUUGUGUAUGAGUGCUCAAGGUCUUGUUUUCACCUUAAAUAAACUGUAACUCUGCUGUGCAGAAAAAA